GGUCCCUCUUUCCCUCUCUCUCUCUCGCUCUCUUUUUAAAAGGACCUAGUGAAAUAAAAGUGCAGAAAACAAACCCAGGCGAUCACAGCGGCAGCCAGAGGAGGAGGAAAAGUUGGGAGUUGGGGCAGGCGCUCGGAGUGGCUGGGCUCCGCGCAGCUCCCAUUCAUUAGGUAACCGCUGCGGAGGAAGGUGGCCCCGCGCCCGCGCUGCCCACCCGCUCGCGCGCGCACACAAACACACGCCAGCCCAGCGCGUCCCGCGCAGCGCACCUCUGCAAAAGUUUCUGCUCGGGAUUCGGCUCUCUUCCCCUUGGACUUUAGAAAGAUUUGGGGUUGAGAAAGCAAAGCGGAGGAGCACCAGAGGAUCAGAGAACACCACUGUGUGCAGUUGGAAGCGGGCGGCGGGGGCUGCGUUCUCGCCGCCGCGCCCCGAGCCCCGGCCGACCCCUCCACUCUCCCGAGCAGCCUCGGCCAGGAGGAGACCCGGGCGUCUGGGCGUGUGGCUGCUGUCGCGGGGCGUCUUCGCGGGGCGGGAGGCUCGCGUCGUCUCCAGCGCCAUGCAAAACUACAAGUACGACAAGGCGAUCGCCCCGGAGAGCAAGAACGGCGGCAGCCCGGCGCUCAACAACAACCCGAGGAAGGGCGGCAGCAAGCGAGUGCUGCUCAUCUGCCUCGACCUCUUCUGCCUCUUCAUGGCUGGUCUGCCCUUCCUCAUCAUUGAGACAAGCACCAUCAAGCCUUACCACCGGGGGUUUUACUGCAACGACGAGAGCAUCAAGUAUCCUCUGAAAACGGGUGAGACGAUAAACGAUGCGGUGCUCUGCGCCGUGGGGAUCGUCAUCGCCAUCCUCGCGAUCAUCACAGGGGAAUUCUACCGGAUCUAUUACCUGAAGGAGAAGUCCCGGUCCACAAUGCAGAAUCCCUACGUGGCAGCCCUCUAUAAGCAAGUGGGCUGCUUCCUCUUUGGCUGUGCCAUCAGCCAGUCCUUCACAGACAUCGCCAAAGUGUCCAUAGGGCGCCUGCGUCCUCACUUCUUGAGUGUUUGCAACCCUGAUUUCAGCCAGAUCAACUGCUCUGAGGGCUACAUUCAGAACUACAAAUGCAGAGGUGACGACAGCAAAGUCCAGGAAGCCAGGAAGUCCUUCUUCUCUGGCCACGCCUCCUUCUCCAUGUUCACCAUGCUGUAUUUGGUGCUGUACCUCCAAGCCCGCUUCACUUGGCGAGGUGCCCGCCUGCUCCGGCCCCUCCUGCAGUUCACCCUGAUCAUGAUGGCCUUUUACACAGGACUGUCCCGCGUAUCUGACCACAAGCACCAUCCUGGCGAUGUCCUGGCAGGAUUCGCUCAAGGAGCCUUGGUGGCCUGCUGCAUAGUUUUUUUCGUGUCUGACCUGUUCAAAACCAAGACGACACUCUGCCUGCCUUCCCCUGCCAUCAGGAAGGAAAUUCUCUCACCUGUGGACAUUACUGACAGGAACAAUCACCACAACAUGGUGUAGGUGUCACUCGCCUCCUGAGCUGUUCUUGUAAAAUGACUGCAGACAGCAAGUUCUUGCUGCUCUCCAAUCUCAUCAGACAGUAGAAUGUAGGGAAAAAAACUUUUUACCCGAUGGAUUUUAAAAAGAAAAAAAAAAGUCUUACUUUGUGGCCUUCCAAAAUAGGUCAUGUUCACCUAUCCGGAACAGCAGCAAACUCACACCAAGUGCCGGAAUCCUGGGUGUGCAAUUGGUUUAAGUGUUCAUGUUCUAGUGAACACGGGCUUAUUCUUGAAGCAAACACUAAAACGAUGUGAGUGGAGUCUGCUGGUCACCCUUGCAACCUGACGAAUCCCAGGCCUGUGAGAAAAAUUCAUAUUCACAUGUUAGCACACAAUGCCAGAAAUAGCACUGAAUCCAGAAAGCAGCCAUUUGGGGGCUCCCCUCUUGUGUCUCCUUGUCCACACCACUCUAGUCUGUCCUGUGACUUCAGUUCAGGAAGUUUUGUUCUUCUUGUUUUGUUUUUGUUUAAUAUAAGGAAAGAGCAAGUUUGCUCGGUCCAGUGAUCAGAUCCUGAAUCCAGAUUCCCAGUCCAGCCUUAUCAUUCAUUUGCCCCACUGAUAGGCCAGCAACCGCAGUCCCUCACCAUAGUGAUUAGGAGACUCUUUGUGGAUGAGUGAAUUUCACAAAUAGCACAAGCUUCAGAAGAGGUUGAGGGUACCGGCCCUCGUUUGUCUUCUUUUGAAGCCUCUUCCUGUGAUGGUGAAACGUCAGUUGCAGGAUGCUCCUGCUGUGUCCGUCAGUCACCCGGGCACUUGUGAUCUUUAGCUUUGGUCAUUGCCUUCUCCCUGGAAGUCCUUGCCGAGUGCCCACGAGGAUUUCCUGUGAGGCUUCAGAGACGAGCAAAGGUGAGCCCUGCUGCCGGCCGAUGGAAAGCAGCCUUCCGUACAAGGAGCGGAGGUGUGAGGGACAAGAAUGAGAAAUGAAGCACCCUUUUGGCUGCUCAAAGUCAAAAUGAGCCAGAGAAGCUGACAGUCUUGCGCCUGAGAGGCUGCCCUGCCAGAGAACAGAGCUGAGGGUGUCUGGGAGUUGUUCUUGCUAAGCUGUGUAAAGCACUAUUGUCUUGGGGUUGAUCUCUAGGGCAGUUCUUGGUAGGUUCUGCUGGGCGGAACACAUGGGUUAGAUCUCCGUAGCGUUUUCCUCAACCUCUACCUGUAAGUGUCCUUCCCAGCAAGGUCCCACUGUAGGCAGUAGACAGGCAUCCCUUCUACUAAACCUUUGAGGAAAGAAGGAAGAAAUGCUUUCAGAUCUUGGACGCAAACCUUUCAAAGGGCUAAAUGUAACCACAUGGAUCAGCCACAUGCAUGUCCUUAUUACAGAAGCUGUCCUUUUCAUUUCAACUUAUAGCAAGCUAUGAUUUUUAUAUAUAAAUAUUAUAUAAAUAAUGUAUAAAACAUUAAAAGUUAACUAUGUAAAAUAUUAUUUCUGAAACAAUUUUAGCUAUAUCCACUAUGAUUAUAAACUGUGUCUCGACCUGUGUUAUUUACAUUAGCUGCUUAAAAAAGCAUUGAGUUAAUUUUUUUUAAUAUCAACUAAAAUACUAUAGUUCUGUGGUAGACAUUGUUUUGUAAUGAAAGGAAUAACUACAACUAGAGAAGGCUGUAUAAAAACAUUAAAUUGUCAGUAUUUUUGUAAGGUCCCAUUUUGUAAAGAGAAUAAUAUUCAAAGACUUUUGUAGAAUACAAAGUGAAAACUUGUAUCUGCGAAACUAUACCUGUAUUAAAUGUGCUUUUUAAAUAAAAGCCCAUAACACAACUAAUAAAGGAGUUGGACUCCUGG